CUGCCCGCCGCGCGGAAUGGCGGCCGCCUAGAGCCCGCGCACCAGCUCGCGGGCCAACGCCGCCGCCGCCGCCAUGGGUCGCGAGUCCAGGCACUAUCGGAAGCGCUCCGCUUCACGGGGACGUUCUGGCAGCCGCUCCAGAAGUCGUUCUCCAUCCGACAAAAGAGCAAAACGCGGAGAAGACAGACGUUCUAGAAGCAGAGAUCGAGAACGUCGGCGUGAGAGGUCACGCAGCAGGGACAAGAGGAGAUCAAGGUCACGGGAGAGGAAGCGCCCAAGACGGUCCAGAAGCAGAGAGCGAGAACGGAGCAGAGAGAGGAGAAGAACACGGAGUCGGGAUAGGAGACGAUCCAGAAGCAGAAGUAGAGGUAGACGGUCCCGAUCCCCCAGUCCUGGCAAGAACAAGAAAACAGAAAACAGAUCAAGAUCUAAAGAAAAGACAGAAGGUGUAGAAGUUACCAAGGAAAAGAAAAAAGAGAAAGAGGACAAAGAAGAAGAAAAGGAUAAAGAGGUUAAUAACUUUGAUCAGAACAAACUGGAGGAGGAAAUGAGAAAACGAAAAGAGAGAGUAGAGAAAUGGAGGGAAGAACAGCGCAAGAAGGCUAUGGAAAACAUAGGAGAAUUGAAAAAAGAAAUUGAAGAAAUGAAACAGGGGAAAAAAUGGAGCUUAGAAGAUGAUGAUGAUGAUGAGGAGGAAACGGCAGAAGGAGAAAAAGAAGGCAUGGAGGUGGAAGAUGAAGAAUUAGACCCUCUAGAUGCUUACAUGGAAGAAGUUAAAGAAGAAGUCAAAAAGUUCAAUAUGAGAAGUGUGAAGGGUGGAGGUGGGAGCGAAAAGAAAUCUGGACCAACUGUUACCAAAGUAGUGACUGUGGUGACAACCAAAAAGGCAGCUGUAGAAUCAGAAAAGAAGAAAGGGGAGCUGAUGGAGAAUGACCAAGAUGCAAUGGAGUAUUCUUCAGAAGAGGAAGAAGUUGAUCUUCAGACUGCCUUGACGGGCUAUCAGACCAAACAGAGGAAGCUGCUAGAACCAGUGGAUCAUGGAAAGAUAGAGUAUGAGCCCUUCAGGAAAAAUUUCUACGUUGAAGUUCCAGAGCUUGCUAAAAUGACCCCAGAAGAGGUGAAUGUGUACAGGCUGGAAAUGGAGGGAAUUACAGUCAAGGGGAAAGGCUGCCCCAAACCAAUCAAAACCUGGGUACAAUGUGGUAUUUCUAUGAAAAUUCUCAAUUCCCUCAAAAAACAUGGCUAUGAAAAGCCCACGCCCAUCCAAGCCCAGGCUAUUCCAGCAAUUAUGAAUGGACGUGACCUGAUUGGCAUUGCUAAAACAGGAAGUGGAAAGACCAUUGCAUUUCUUUUGCCUAUGUUCAGGCAUAUUAUGGAUCAGAGGUCGUUAGAAGAAGGAGAAGGUCCAAUAGCUGUUAUCAUGACCCCGACUCGAGAGUUGGCUUUGCAAAUUACCAAGGAGUGUAAGAAGUUCUCAAAGACUCUGGGACUUAGAGUUGUGUGUGUCUAUGGAGGAACAGGAAUCAGUGAGCAGAUAGCAGAACUGAAAAGAGGUGCUGAAAUUAUUGUUUGCACACCUGGACGUAUGAUUGACAUGUUAGCAGCUAACAAUGGACGGGUGACAAACCUUCGCAGGGUUACAUACGUUGUACUUGAUGAAGCGGACAGAAUGUUUGACAUGGGUUUUGAACCACAGGUCAUGCGCAUUGUAGACAACAUCAGGCCUGAUCGUCAGACGGUCAUGUUCUCUGCUACUUUCCCCAGAGCCAUGGAGGCUUUAGCUCGUCGAAUUCUGAAUAAACCUAUUGAGGUUCAAGUUGGGGGAAGAAGCGUGGUCUGUUCUGAUGUGGAGCAACAUGUAAUUGUUAUAGAAGAAGAGAACAAAUUCUUGAAGUUACUUGAACUGCUGGGACAUUAUCAGGAGAAAGGAUCUGUUAUCAUAUUUGUUGAUAAACAGGAACAUGCUGAUGGGUUGUUGAAAGAUUUAAUGAGAGCUUCUUAUCCCUGCAUGUCACUUCAUGGAGGAAUUGAUCAGUAUGACAGAGACAGCAUAAUUAAUGAUUUUAAGAAUGGAGCGUGCAAACUUCUUGUGGCCACAUCAGUAGCAGCAAGAGGCCUGGAUGUAAAGCAGCUGAUGCUGGUAGUCAAUUACAGUUGUCCCAACCAUUAUGAGGAUUAUGUACACAGAGCAGGCCGAACUGGACGAGCCGGCAAUAAAGGAUUUGCAUACACUUUUAUUACGGAAGAUCAAGCACGGUAUGCUGGCGAUAUCAUUAAGGCUUUGGAAUUGUCAGGGAAUCCAGUUCCUGCUGAACUGGAGAAGCUCUGGGCUGACUUCAAAGAUCAGCAGAAAGCUGAAGGGAAGAUUAUCAAAAAGAGUAGUGGCUUCUCUGGCAAAGGAUUUAAGUUCGAUGAAACAGAACAGGCUUUGGCGAAUGAACGCAAGAAACUACAAAAAGCUGCUCUUGGCUUGCAGGAUUCAGAUGAUGAAGAUACAGCUGUUGAUAUUGACGAACAAAUUGAGAGCAUGUUCAAUUCAAAGAAGAGAGUGAAAGACAUGGCAGCACCAGGAACAUCUAAUGCUCCUACUCCCACAGCUGGUAACGCAGAAAAACUGGAAAUUGCCAAAAGAUUGGCAUUGAGAAUCAAUGCCCAGAAGAAUCUUGGUGCAGAGGCACAAGUGUUUGUCCCUUUCCACUUCAAGGAUGUGAUGCAGCAGGCAACAAACGCUAUCUUGAGAGGAGGCACAAUUCAGGCUCCUACUGUAUCUGCCAAAACCAUUGCAGAGCAGCUGGCUGAAAAGAUCAAUGCUAAGCUCAAUUAUGUACCUAUAGAGAAACAGGAGGAAGAGAAACAGGAGGGAGGACAAAAUGAAUCCUUUAAGAGAUAUGAGGAGGAACUGGAGAUCAAUGACUUCCCACAGACUGCCAGGUGGAAAGUUACAUCUAAGGAAGCUCUGCAGAGAAUCAGUGAAUAUUCUGAAGCUGCUAUUACAAUCAGAGGAACAUAUUUCCCUCCAGGCAAAGAGCCUAAAGAAGGCGAACGAAAAAUUUAUUUGGCUAUAGAGAGUGCCAACGAGCUGGCUGUGCAGAAAGCAAAGGCUGAAAUCACGAGACUUAUAAAGGAAGAACUAAUCAGAUUACAAAAUUCAUACCAACCAACCAACAAAGGAAGAUACAAAGUUUUAUAAAUAUUUGGAGCAACCAUCUGCCAGUGGCUGGUGUGUGAAACUUCGUGGCUUCUCUUGUUUUUGCUGUUUACACUGCUUCUUGUAAAUUAAGAAUUUUUUAUUUUGUCUUGUGGACAUUUUUUAACACAAAAUGAAUAUUUGCUGAGACAUCUUCAUUCUAUCCGCUAAGGUUAGAAAUCUUAAAGCAGACCAAUUUUGGAAGGGUAUGAUUUAAUUUAAAAGUGUAGUUUAUAUACAUUUCACCUUAAAAUGCUGAAUAAAAUGGAUUUUAAUUUUCCUGACAGACUCUAGUGUAAUGUAAAUUAAGCAGAUUUGGGCUUUGCAUUGGAAGUUAGUAAAUAGUACUUACAGCUUCACACCCUGGGGGCAGUUCACACUUUAUAACAUAUAGUGGAAUUAGUGAUUCAACACCAAAAUAAGGGCAGAAUUUUCCUUCCUGAUCUGUAUUCGCUCACGAACCUGUUCAGCCUCCAUAACCUGUGCAAAACGCACAGUAAUGGCAUUUAGAGCCCCGUACUGAUCAGAGUAGAAAUUCUGUCCUAGAACAAUUAGAAGUUUAUUCUAAGGUUCUUUUUUUUCAUUGUUCUGUCUCUUCCCUUGUUAUAAUUAAUUCUUUGGGUGUUUUUGUAAAAAAAACAAAAAACAAAAAAAAACAAAAACAAAAAAACAAAAGAUGCUUUGUAGUAGGAAAAGUGGUUUCAGCUUUUUUUCUAAACGUCAGGAUUUUAGGAUUUGUUUUUCCCCCAUUCUUCAACCUGAGUUAUAAACCUAUUUAGUAAAAAAAACAAAAAAAC